UCAAUUGCCAAAAAUAAUAAAUAACUGUUAUUAUCUUAUUCCAUUAUUUCAAAUUCCUAAGAAGUUCAACUAGAACUGAUUUUAUCCCAAAAUCUACAUUUAUCACCAAGAUAAAUUUAAAAAGAAUAAUAUUUUAAGGAUAAUUAUUAAAAUCACCUUUAUAGACGCACAUCAAGUGACCGACUAUAUGCACUAUUGGCAGGCUACGCUACUUCUCAAGAAAGGAAAAAACAAAAAUGGAAGCAACAGAAAACAGGGCCAAUGGAGCAGGACAAACGCCAUCUGGGGAUAAAAAGAAAGGCUGUGCUUCCAUUAGUGUGACUAUGAUGGGAAUUUCUGCAGCAGCUUGUGGCUGCUCAGCUAAUCUGAUACUAUUUUUCAUAAGAGAGUUUAACAUGGGAAGCAUUACUGCUACUCUAAUCAACUAUUGCACUCUUACUUGCUAUAAUUUCUUUGCUUUCGCCGGAUUUAUGGUGGCUGAUUCCUGCUUCCGCUCCACCUCCUUCCGCUUCUCUUUGGUUACUAUUUUUUCCUUCAUUUCCUUACUGGGCACGAUUAUGUUAACUCUGAUACCUGCAGUCCAAUCUUUAACACCUCCACCAUAUGAAUCCCCAUCAAGGUAUCAAUAUGGAGUUCUCUAUCUGGCCUUAGCACUAGUUUCAUUAGGAUUUGGAGGUACACGCUUUGGAUUUUUACAUAUGACAGCCUGUCAAUAUGGAAAGAUGGUUGAUUUCAUGGUAUUCACCAAUUUUAAUUACUUUUUCGCUGUCGUAAUUUUCGGCGCUGUCAUUUACUUCGACGACAAUGUUAGUUGGAGUUUAGGGUUUGGGAUUUGUGUCGUUGCUAAUGCCAUAGCUUUAAUCGUGUUUCUAUUUGGAAAAAGAAAAGGCCUUUAUUGCCAAAACGAGCCGCAGUGGAAAAUAUCAUUAUCAGAAAAUUCACAGGGUCAGGAUGACACUACUGAGGUGCAAGCUAGUGCUCUUACUAAAAGUUUCAGGGUCCUGAAUAACGCGCGGGUUGAUAGUCAAUCAGAAGCUUCAUCACAAGCAAUACCAUGGAGGCUAUUUACAAUGCAGGUAGCAGCAGACCUGAAAACCCUUUCCAAAACCAUGCCAGUUUGGUCUUUUGACAUUUUCUUAUUUACAUCUAAAAGUAUGCUUACAAGCCUAACAACCGUCCAAGCCCUUACCAUGGACAGAAGCAUAGAUUUACCAUACUUCAAGAAUGUUCCACCUGAAUCUUACCAAUUUAUGAACCUAGCAAUCUCUCCGUUCUUAGCAUUACUUUGUCAGCUUUCAAAACUUCUAGCAUACCCAUAUAACACAGGUCAAACUCUGACACCCCUUCAACGUAUAGGGAUUGGCCGUGUCUUUAAUAUCAUCGCCAUCGUAGCGUCUGCCUUAAUCGAGUCAAGAAGACUCCAUAUUGUCCGGACCCAUGACCUGACUAACAAACCCGGUUCAGUGGUGCCCAUGACUAGUUCAUGGCUUGUAGUACCACAAUUACUGUUAGGGUUUGCACAUAGUUUUCACCUUCUAGCACAAGCAGAGGCUUGCAGUAGUCAAGUAUUCCCAAGGUCAUAUAUUAUUCAUGAAGUUAUGAUUAUAUUGUCAUAUGGAAUAGGAAAUUAUUUGAGUGCGACGAUCACAGUUUUGGUAUCUCUAUUAACAGGAUGGUUAUCUAAUAAUAUUAAUGAUGGACGAUUAGAUUAUGUUUUUUGGAUGUUGGCAAUGAUAGGAGUUGUAAACUUUGGGUAUUAUCUAGUUUCUGCUAAGAGGUAUAAGUUCCAACAGCAUAAUGAUGAGGCUUCUAGGUCAGAAGUUUCACCUUGAUGCCUUUCAAGUUUUGACUUUGUAAUGUUAGUUUGAGCUAUUAUAUAUGAUAAA